CGUUUAUCUCCAUCCUCCUCCACCUUCUCUCUCUCUCUCUCUCUCUCUCUCUCGAGAUCUCGAGCUAGCUCAUUCGCCGAGCUCUCUCUCUCUCUCUCUCUCUCUAUCACCCAUUUGACUCGGCGAGGUCGAGAGGAGAAAGAAAGCGUUAAUGGGUAUCUGCAGUUCCUGCGAAUCCACCAGCGUUGCGACGGCCAAGCUCAUCCUCAUGGACGGGAGGCUCCAGGAGUUCGCGUACCCGGUCAAGGCCUCCUACGUCCUCCAGAGGAACCGCGACUGCUUCAUCUGCAACUCCGACGAGAUGGACUUCGACGACGUCGUCUCCGCCGUCCCAGCCGACGACGAGCUCCUCCCCGGCCACCUCUACUUCGCACUCCCCCUCAGCCGAUUGAAGCGCCCCCUGCAGGCCGAGGAGAUGGCCGCGCUCGCCGUCAAGGCCAGCUCCGCCCUCAUGAGGAGCGGCGGCGACAAAUGCGGGUGCCGCGGGAAGUCGGUGUCCCCGGCGUGGUUCUCCUACAAGGAGAGCAAGAGCUGUGGGGAUGUUGCGGCCGCGGCCGGUGGCGGCGGCGGCAGGAAGGGUGGUCGGGUUAGGGGGAGGAAGUUUACGGCGUUGUUGAGUGCGAUCCCCGAGUAGGGGGGGCAUUUUUGAAAGAUACUUUUUAGGUUUUGGAGGAUGUAAAUAAUAAAAUUAGCCAGUUUCCACUUUUUUUUUUUUUUGGUUGCUGAAUCUUUAAUUAAUUGUA